AGCACGCCGUUGCCUUCUCAAGCACCAGUCUGCUUACACUAGCCGCGAGCGUUUUUCUCAAAAACCAUUUUCUCAUGGAAACCUUGGAUGCUGUGGAAGAUGGCUUCGACGACUACGAUAUACAGGUUGCCAAAGCCAUGUCCUUGUCUGAAGCCCAUGCUACUUCGUCGGACAAAUCAUCCACGAGGACUUCAAGAAAACGCCCCUGCCUUGACCCUCCUUCAGAAACUCUAUCCAAUGAUAUGGAGGAAGAAGAAGAGCCAAUAGCCUCGGAGACCUUGGAGAUGACUGAGAAGCUGCAGAAGAAAGCCAAGCUAUUGCAGAGCCAGAUCAGAGAAUUGCGAAAGAUCACGCCUCCCAGCAAUAUGUUCGUUUCAAUCAAAAAGAACACUAGGAAUUUUGUCGAGACCGAGGAUAUCAAGGCCAAGAGGCGGCAUUACCUUCAAGAGCGACGGUCUGACAAGUAUAAGGAUGCCAUGCUUGUGUAUAUGGCCGAAUCCUACUGUAACCAAAACCAUGGAAGUUGGCUAUUUUGA